GUCCCUGCGCGGCCUCGGCGGCCUCGGCGGCGGCGGCGGCGGCGGCGGCGGCAGCAGCGCGGCCCCUUUAAACGCCUGCGGCGCCCCCCGCCCCCGCCAUCGCGCCUCCAUUUUCCCGGCCGCCCGCGCCGAGCGCCGCGCCCGCCCCGGGCCCCUCCGCCGCCGCCGGCCCGGACAUGGCCGCCAACAUGUACAGGGUCGGAGACUACGUCUACUUCGAGAACUCCUCCAGCAACCCAUAUCUGAUCCGGAGGAUCGAGGAGCUCAACAAGACAGCCAAUGGGAACGUGGAGGCCAAAGUGGUGUGCUUCUACCGGAGGCGGGACAUCUCCAGCACCCUCAUCGCCCUGGCCGACAAGCACGCAACCCUGUCAGUCUGCUAUAAGGCCGGACCGGGGGCGGACAACGGCGAGGAAGGGGAAAUAGAAGAGGAGAUGGAGAAUCCGGAAAUGGUGGACCUGCCCGAGAAACUAAAGCACCAGCUGCGGCAUCGGGAGCUGUUCCUCUCCCGGCAGCUAGAGUCCCUGCCCGCCACGCACAUCAGGGGCAAGUGCAGCGUCACCCUGCUCAACGAGACCGAGUCGCUCAAGUCCUACCUGGAGCGGGAGGAUUUCUUCUUCUAUUCUCUAGUCUACGACCCACAGCAGAAGACCCUGCUGGCAGAUAAAGGAGAGAUUCGAGUAGGAAACCGGUACCAGGCAGACAUCACCGACUUGUUAAAAGAAGGCGAGGAGGAUGGCCGAGACCAGUCCAAGCUGGAGACCAAGGUGUGGGAGGCGCACAACCCACUCACAGACAAGCAGAUCGACCAGUUCCUGGUGGUGGCCCGCUCCGUGGGCACCUUCGCACGGGCCCUGGACUGCAGCAGCUCUGUCCGACAGCCCAGCCUGCACAUGAGCGCCGCAGCUGCCUCCCGAGACAUCACCCUGUUCCACGCCAUGGAUACUCUCCACAAGAACAUCUAUGACAUCUCUAAGGCUAUCUCGGCGCUGGUACCGCAGGGCGGGCCCGUGCUCUGCAGGGACGAGAUGGAGGAGUGGUCUGCAUCAGAGGCCAACCUUUUCGAGGAAGCCCUGGAAAAAUAUGGGAAGGAUUUCACGGACAUUCAGCAAGAUUUUCUCCCGUGGAAGUCGCUGACCAGCAUCAUUGAGUACUACUACAUGUGGAAGACCACUGACAGAUACGUGCAGCAGAAACGCUUGAAAGCAGCUGAAGCUGAGAGCAAGUUAAAGCAAGUUUAUAUUCCCAACUAUAACAAGCCAAACCCAAACCAAAUCAGCGUCAACAAUGUCAAGGCCGGUGUGGUGAACGGCACAGGAGCGCCGGGCCAGAGCCCUGGGGCUGGCCGGGCCUGCGAGAGCUGUUACACCACACAGUCUUACCAGUGGUAUUCUUGGGGUCCCCCUAACAUGCAGUGUCGUCUCUGCGCAUCUUGUUGGACAUAUUGGAAGAAAUAUGGUGGCUUGAAAAUGCCAACCCGGUUAGAUGGAGAGAGGCCAGGACCAAACCGCAGUAACAUGAGUCCCCACGGCCUCCCAGCCCGGAGCAGCGGGAGCCCCAAGUUUGCCAUGAAGACCAGGCAGGCUUUCUAUCUGCACACGACGAAGCUGACGCGGAUCGCCCGGCGCCUGUGCCGUGAGAUCCUGCGCCCGUGGCACGCUGCACGGCACCCCUACCUGCCCAUCAACAGCGCGGCCAUCAAGGCCGAGUGCACGGCGCGGCUGCCCGAAGCCUCCCAGAGCCCACUGGUGCUGAAGCAGGCGGUGCGCAAGCCGCUGGAAGCCGUGCUUCGGUAUCUUGAGACCCACCCCCGCCCCCCCAAGCCUGACCCCGUGAAAAGCGUGUCCAGCGUGCUCAGCAGCCUGACGCCCGCCAAGGCGGCCCCCGUCAUCAACAACGGCUCCCCCACCAUCCUGGGCAAGCGCAGCUACGAGCAGCACAACGGGGUGGACGGCAACAUGAAGAAGCGCCUCUUGAUGCCCAGUAGGGGUAAGGCCUGGGGUCUGGCAAACCACGGACAGACCAGGCACAUGGGACCAAGCCGGAACCUCCUGCUCAACGGGAAGUCCUACCCCACCAAAGUGCGCCUGAUCCGGGGGGGCUCCCUGCCCCCAGUCAAGCGGCGGCGGAUGAACUGGAUCGACGCCCCGGAUGACGUGUUCUAUAUGGCCACAGAGGAGACCAGGUGGGGCCUUCCCAGGGCAGGCGGGAGGGCUCCGCACAGCGUCCCGGCCCUCACCACCACCUCUGCCCACAGGAAGAUCCGCAAGCUGCUCUCAUCUUCGGAAACCAAGCGUGCUGCCCGCCGGCCCUACAAGCCCAUCGCCCUGCGCCAGAGCCAGGCCCUGCCGCUGCGGCCACCGCCGCCUGCGCCCGUCAACGACGAGCCCAUUGUCAUCGAGGAUUAGGGGCUGCCCCCACCUGCGGCCGCCCCCGCCCCUCGCCCGCCCACACGGCCCCUUCCCAGCCAGCCCGCCGCCCGCCCCUCAGUUUGGUAGUGCCCCACCUCCCGCCCUCACCUGCAGAGAAACGCGCUCCUUGGCGGACACUGGGGGAGGAGAGGAAGAAGCGCGGCUAACUUAUUCCGAGAAUGCUGAGGAGUUGUCGUUUUUAGCUUUGUGUUUACUUUUUGGCUGGAGCGGAGAUGAGGGGCCACCCCAUGCCCCUGUGCUGCGGGGCCUUUUGCCCGGAGGCCGGGCCCUAAGGUUUUGUUGUGUUCUGUUGAAGGUGCCAUUUUAAAUUUUAUUUUUAUUACUUUUUUUGUAGAUGAACUUGAGCUCUGUAACUUACACCCGGAAUGUUCGGAUCGUGCGGCCGCGGCCUGGCGGGGUCGGCCCCUUGUCUUUUCAAGUAAUUUUCAUAUUAAACAAAAACAAAGAAAAAAAAUCUUAUAAAAAGGAAAAAACCAA